AGCAGCGAACUAGCAUUCGGAGGAAUCAUGUACUUCUGUGGUUGAGGAUUAUAUAUGCGUUUGUCUCUGUUUGGAUUAACAAAUUUAUCACCAUGGGGAGUAUGCAGGAUCUACAGAAGCUGCUGCGGCAGAAAGACAUCAAAAUAAGGGAAUUACAGCGGGAAAUACAAGUGCGAGAUGACAAGAUCGUUGAGCUGUCCAGUCAACUGGAUAAGUAUCAAUCGAUUUUACCAACUCAAGCGCCAGCUAUCGCAGGCCCAAGGAAACAACGUGCCCAAGGAAUAUCAGCCGAACCAGCUGCACAGAGAUCCCUUGAAAGCUUAAGACAGCAACCAUUGAAGAAAUAUUCCAAAUCACAGAGGUAAGUCAAAUUUAAACACUUACAAAUUACAUUGGGGUAAAGUCCACAAUGGUAUGUUGUACUUUAUAAUGUUAAGUUUCUACGCCUCGAGCCGGCCAUAUAUCUUCAGCUUGUUGUUGUGAAGUUAAACCUUGCUGAAGGAUUUUUACUAUCUAUCAUAAAUAAGAAAGGUAUCGACAUAGACCCAG